AUGGACUCCGAGCGACUCGUAAUCGAUCCGUCUGCUAUGGGCCGAAAUGGUGGAGAAAGGCUGAAGGAGACAGCCAAUGAGAAGCUACACGUAGACGAAAUGGGUCAUGGUAGCCUUCGGCACCUGCCAACAAUUAGGGCAACCUCCUUCUCGAGGACACGUGGCAAGCUCACAAUUGAUGUCCACAGUCCCACAUCGAAAAUCUACGCAACAUACACACCUCCUAAGGACUAUAAAGGAAGCACAAUUCCCCAUAAUGGAGCAUCGGAGAGCCUUCGGCCGGUACCACACCGAUGCCCUAGGUCUUACCGAGCGUUUGCUAUCUUGCAGAUCGCACGCCCUACCGAGGCCCAGAGCAUACCGAAGGCCCAACAUCACUAA